UAAAUCUUCACCAGACGGAAUUGCGCCAUUCGCAACAGCACUGCCACUGCUCUUCUGAAACCCUAGCUCUCUCUUAACACACUGCACGCGGAGGGAGAGGGACACUUACUCAAAACCUCAAUUCCCUUCUUCGCCGUCUCCUUCGAUCUCCGAGAAUGUCGAAGAGAAAGGUUAGGGAGCCCAAGGAGGAGAACGUCACCCUUGGACCCGCCGUCCGUGAGGGAGAGCACGUCUUCGGGGUCGCUCACAUUUUCGCCUCGUUCAAUGACACAUUCAUCCAUGUGACUGAUCUAUCUGGAAGGGAAACAAUGGUUCGCAUCACCGGUGGGAUGAAGGUGAAAGCCGAUAGGGAUGAAUCUUCACCAUAUGCAGCCAUGCUUGCUGCACAGGAUGUUUCUCAGCGCUGCAAGGAGCUUGGUAUCACGGCUCUUCACAUUAAGCUUCGGGCCACUGGAGGGAACAAGACCAAGACACCUGGUCCUGGUGCCCAGUCUGCACUCCGGGCCCUCGCCCGUUCUGGCAUGAAAAUUGGCCGUAUAGAGGAUGUGACGCCAAUUCCGACUGAUAGCACUCGUAGAAAGGGUGGUAGAAGGGGAAGGAGGCUGUGAUGGCUUUUCCAAUCUCUCUGCCUUCUUUGGCUGCUGCUUUCGCCGGACAAUUUUGCAUCAGAUGCGGAAUGCUAGUCUUUAGUUGAAUUUACAAUCUUUUGGCCGGUUUUAUAUGUUCCUGAGACUGUCAUUUCGAGCAAGAGGAAAGGAAGUCAAACAGCAGCUAGGAAACGAUCUCUAUUCCUGAGGUUGAGAAGUCAACCAACUUGUUCCCUAGUAAUGAUCUCCAAGGUUCCAUAUCGCUCACCGAUUCAUGUCGGCCCGUCCUAUUGUUGACAGUACAACAGAUAAUGCCUUGCACUAGAGAAUCGAUUUUGGUAUUUAAUUGAGGUUAAAUGGACUACGGAUGGCGGGUCACGGUGUAAAAUAAGAUCGAACUGGUCUUAUCUUUCCUACGAACAAUGCUGCUGGGGUGAAGGAUGCAACAUGAGAUCACCAAUUUCAUGGGAAGGGGCCAGUGGGCUGCAUAAACCACUGUCACUGGUCCCAAAGAAAAGGAAUUCAGUGUUGGGCUUGGCGGUGGCCCACGUAGCUGACCGUGUAAAAGCCCAGUAGCCCAUUAUGGGGUUGAUUUACCUAGAGAGAUGAGAGAGAGAGAGAGGGGCUUUCAGCUGGCGGAACAGUGAUGGAGAUGGAGGCCGGUGUCGAGAUUCCCGGAGAGUAAGGUGAUGCCAUGACCUCUCUCUCCCCCUUACCUCCGGCGCUUUGUCUUUUCUAGCUCCGGCUGUUUCAGCUACCACGGGUUUCCACCGUUCUUCGCUCCGGAGGAGCAAUCCAUUCGAGCUCUGGAAAUCCGAUGAGAAUCGGUGGCAAUUGCACCCAAUUGAUGAUUUAUUUGCUUGCUCCAUUGAAUCGAUGGCCAGGUCCUCUGCAGCCUAGGUCUUCAAAGCUUUUAUGCCCUGCUGAUGACUAAUAUCUGCAUUCGCUCAGCGGCUAAUUUACCCGUUCUGCAGUGGCAAUUAUUAGCUCUUUCUCCUUCUACCUGAGGUAAUCCUUCUUAUUAGCGCAAGUGGAAAUGGCUGUUUUCAUCAUGUCGUGAUCGUCUUGGCUGCUUCAAUUGUUGGUUUAGGCGAAUAAGCGAUCCAUAAUAUAUAUUAAUAUAUACAUGUGUAAUACAUGAAAUCCGAAAUCAAAUCUAGCUAAUGUAAAACAUGAGCCAGAUUUGUUGAAAGGGAUUAAUGCAGUGGGAACCGGUGAUACUACUAUACAAUAUUAUAUUAUAUAAUAUAGUAUUACAUAAAAAUAUAAUACCAUAUGAUAUACUAUAGUUUAAAAUAAUAUUAAAAUAUGAUAUACUACUUGCAUAUCUUUAUACUAUGAUCUUGUCGUUGAAGAUUUGUUGUCAAGAAUCAUGCUACAGAAAUUCUCCAGGAACUCUUGCUUCGUGAACUCCCUGUAGAUGGCUUCUCUUUCAGGGGACACCAACUCGGCUAGAGGCCUGUGGUAGUCAGAUUCGUGUAUAACCUGAAUGGUGAUGAACGGAUAGGGUUUUCCUGUCGUACAUGUUUUGCAUGAUACUCUAGUUUCUCGUAAAAGCUUUGUUUAAGUCAAUCAAAGAGCCCUUAGCAGAGUUACUGCAAUCAACCAAUGAUGGCACGUAUGGUCUGUUUCAGUUUCUUGCAAUAUUCCCUGCAUUCUAUCACUCAUCAAGGAUGACGGGACUCAACUUAGCCUCUGUGCAGUUACAUUGCAAUAAGGGGUUAUAAUAGUUCCCAAUAUCAAAUCUUCAUCCUUAAACUUUGUUGGCUGUGGUCACAUUCUUGCAGCUGAUUUUCGUGGAUGAUCACAUUCUAGUUUCCACUACUAGAUCAGCUCAUCCUGUGAGAGAAAGUGAUGGGUGUGUUCUUUUGUCAGUUGUGGGAUACUACAUGAACGAAACCCAAUAAUUUACAAGAACUUCGCAUGGAAUUUUUGAUAUGAAGGUGAAUAUCAGGGUGCACUUUGG